CGCCAGCAGUCCAUUUCCGGUUCAGUACUCGCUAACCGCGGUUAGCUCGACGCCGCUGGUUCACUUCUGGCUUCGUGGCUCAUUGAACUGAUUAGCCCGACGUUUUAUUUUCCUUAUCGUCAUUUCUCUGCAAACGUGGGGUGGGGGCAAAAUGUCGCGUUUGUCCGCAACCCUCGCCGUGUUGCUGCUGCUCAGCCUGAAGGCCUCGGGGAAGACCGUGAGGGGGGCGUUCAGGAGCGGAGCGGCGAAGCAGGAAAAUGGCCAGUUCAUCACCAAAUUCAUGUACCAAGCAGGUGGCGGAGGGCUGUUGGUGUGUCGGCUGGACAACCCGUCCCUGGGAACGGAGAAGGAGGCCAGGCUGCUGCUGUACCAGGACAUGGACUCAGACCUGGACAACCUGAGCUGCUCCCAGCAACUCAGCAGAGCCCAGUUCACCGUGUCCCUCAGCCAGGAGGAACACAACCAGACGAUCCCUCGUCAGUCCUCGCCCACACCCUGGCAGGUGCUGUACGCCGACAGAUACACGUGCGAGGAAAGUUCAGCGACGCCGUCAUACGCUGACCUUGGCUUCACUCUCCUGCUGUUCAACCCCGACUCUGCUGGGAACCCGCUGGAUCACUUCAGCGCAGAGGAAGCAGGGCUGCACAGUUUCUACUUCCUCCUGUUGCUCGCCUACUUCAUCGCCUGCUGCAUCUACUUCCAGCCUUUAUAUCAGGCACUGAAGAAAGGGGGCCCCAUGCACACGGUCCUUAAGGUGCUGACCACGGCCCUGGCUCUGCAAGGCUGCUCCGCCUUCUGCAACUACAUCCACCUGGCCAGGUACUCCAGAGACGGUACCGGGAUCCCGCUGAUGGGCAGCCUGGCAGAGUUCUGGGACAUGGUGUCCCAGGUGUCCAUGCUGUACAUGCUGCUGAGCCUGUGCAUGGGCUGGACUCUGAGUCGAGGCAGGAAGCCGCAGUCCAGACCUCUGCAGUGGGAGCGCUCCCCGGCGUCCACGGCCGUCGCUGUUGGCGGCGUGGUCACACAGGGAGUCCUAUUGCUAUGGGAGCAGUACUCUGAGUCAGAGAGCGAGCACCACAGCUAUCACGCCCAACGUAGCCUAGCAGGUCUCCUCCUCCUGGCUCUGAGAGUGGCGCUGUCCCUCCUGCUGGCCUCCAUCCUCUAUCAGAUCGUCUCCACAGAGAGGAGCACCCUGAAGAGAGACUUCUACCUCUGCUUCGCUAAGGGCUGCUUCCUGUGGUUCCUUUGUCACCCCAGCCUCGUCCUCAUGUCUGUGGUCUUCAACGACCACCAGAGGGAAAAGGUCAUCAGCAUCGGCGUGAUCCUCUGCCAGUCCAUCUCCAUGGUGAUCCUCUACCAGCUCUUUCUGUCCCGCUCGCUCUACUGGGAGGUGUCCUCCCUCUCCUCCGUGUCUUUGCCGCUCACCAUGUCCAGAACGAACCACAGGGGGCGCCUAUGAGCACAGAUACCGAGGAUAGGGUGAGAACUGAAGCGUCUCUUUCAGACGCAGCAGGAGACGUCCCCCUGCGCCGUCAUCUGUCCCGCGUUAGAGCGACCACCGAGCCGUGGACAGAGGACAGUACUUACUGCAACAUACUACCUCUGACUUCGAACUGGAGCCUCUGGGAUGCAAAAUGCAUGGCCAAGCAUGCGUCAGCUGGCAAGGUAGACGUCAGCAGAAGACCACGAUAAAGAACUUGAGAGAGCGCAAAAUCGCAAGCAAUCACAAUUAGGUUAUUUCUAAAGGCUGUACCUGCAAAUCGCUGAGUCAGCCAUGAUUGGGGCAGUAUGCAUGUAGACAGGCUGCCCCGCAACAGUUUUCAUUCCCCUUUUACCACAAACCCUGAGCUCAUUUUAUUAGCGUUUUAUGCGCUAGACGAACAUGAACCAAAGUGGAGCGUAACUGUGAAGUGGAAGGAGAAAAUUAGUUUUCAGGGGCGUCGGUUUCAGUUCAGGCAACAGUUCAGUUCUGGUCUCACCUGAGGCCAUCACAGAACAUCUGGGUUUAUUCUGAAAUGUAAUUACGAGUUAAUGGACACUGUUUACUAUUUGCUAGUAAAGACACAUUGAUUGCAUUCCAGGGUAUCAGGGUUAAGGGAGAUUAAAACAAACACGCCACUUCUAUGUUGGUGUGCAAUAAAUGUUUAGACCCAUGUACAAGUUUUAUUUCGUUCCAGCUAAACUCCUCUUUAUCCUAAUGAAACACUUAAUAAAAUGUCAUUAAUAUGAGAAUUUUUUAUCUUUUUGUUCUACACUGAAUCUCAGAUUUAUGUUAAUCUCAGAAUUCUGGUGUCAGAACUAUAUUUGUUUUCUCAAUAUUCGAGACUUUGAGAGAAAUGAAAGCAGCAUGUGUCUUUGCAUAGCCAAAGUGAUUUUUAUGUUAUGAUUUUUUCUAUGUGACAAAAGCUGAACUGUUACUUAACUGUUGACGUAAAAGUAUGAGCUGACCGCAUGCGAGAUGCAAAUCAUUCAAACACCAUGAACUCUGCAGCUGCAGCCAACGGCAUGACUCCGACUUGGCAGAAAUGGUGAGUUUACUAAAAACGUUUUCUUUUUAACAAGUGUAAAUACAUUCCUGUGAUUUUUUUUUUCCGGGCGAAAUCUGACGUUACGUUUGUGUCGAAACAAAACAGAGGAUGGCGGGAUCAUAUCUAGGCGUUUAAGUUGUGACAGAGACAUAAAUUGAAAAACAAACAUGGAGAACAGGUGCCAGGAAAGAAACUGACGUAUUUAUGUGUCUGUUUAUUUUGUAAGCGAUUUAAAAGAAAAAGGCAGCGUCCAACGCCACUACUUCUCAUUCUGUUUGUUCAGAGGCUGCUGAGCUUCUACAUAAUAUUUAAAAAUAUACUUGAAUGUUUCGCCUUUGUCAGCUGUUACAAAUGUGCAAAAUGAUAUCAGUCCAUAUUGCUUGUGUCAACCGUUGCGUUAUGUUUUAUACUGCAGCACAGAGACAAUCUAGUAUUCAGUGGGUUCUGUAAUUAUUCCAACUUGAAUGUCCAUGUCUGGUAUAAUUUAUGUCACUUGUGGAAAUAAAACGAGCAAACAUGGCUACUGUAAAGAGUUAAUUAAACUUGAUACAUUAAUGCAACUUUA